CUUCUUUCCUCCUCCCCAUCCUCUUUCCUCUCUGUCAAUCCCAUCCCCGACGCCCUUUCCCUGCUUCCCCCGCCGCGUUGACCUCAUCGUCACAAUGUCUGCCCCGGAGGGUGACAAUAAUAUUGCCCAUGCCCCUGAGUAUGAGGCGGCCGUGGAUGACAAGUCUGCUGCUCUUGAGGCCAACGAAAAGGCUCUUUCCGUCACUCCUGAUGGCGAGGAGCCCAACGAAGAUGAAAAGGCUACUCUGCGCCAUGUCGCUGAGAACCUACCUCUUUCCGUCUGGCUCGUCGCCAUCAUCGAACUGUGCGAGCGUUUCACCUACUAUGGUAUGCAGGGUCUGUUCCAGAACUAUGUCAACAACCCUCUCGACGGCAGCAUGGGCCGUGGUGCCCUAGGUAUGGGCCAUCAAGGUGCCACGGGCCUUACCACCUUCUUCCAAUUCUGGUGUUACGUCACUCCAAUCUUCGGUGCCAUCGUCGCUGACCAGUACCUGGGCAAAUACAAGACCAUUGUUAUUUUCGCUUUUAUCUACGUGAUUGGUCUGCUUAUCCUGGUCCUCACUUCGAUCCCUGUCUCCCUCCAGCAUGGUGCUGGUUUGGGAGGCUUCAUCGCUUCUAUCUUGAUCAUCGGUGUGGGUACUGGAGGUAUCAAGAGUAACGUCGCUCCUCUCAUUGCCGACCAGUACAAGCGCAAGAAGUUGGCUGUAUCCACCACCGCAAAGGGUGAGCGUGUCAUCAUUGACCCCGCCCUGACCAUCCAGCGUAUCUACAUGAUCUUCUAUGGCUGCAUCAAUGUUGGCUCCCUGUCGCUGCUCGCCACCCCGUUCAUGGAAAGAGAUGUCGGCUUCUGGUCUGCUUAUCUCCUGUGCCUGUGCAUGUUCGUUAUCGGUAUCAUUGUCCUUGUCAUGGGACGCAAGUUCUACGUCGUUCGUCCGCCGCAGGGUUCUGUCAUCACGGACGCCUUCAAGGCCCUGUGGAUCAUGAUUAUUAACCGCAACCUGGAUGCCCCCAAGCCCAGCUGGCAGGAGGCUAACGGUGGCCGUCGCACAAACCUGCCAUGGGAUGACCACUUCAUUGACGAACUCAAACGCGCCCUCGUCGCUUGCAAGGUCUUUGCCUUCUACCCUGUCUACUGGGUGGUAUACGGCCAGUUCUCGAGCAACUUUGUCACCCAGGCUGAACAGAUGGAUGGCCAUGGUGUCCCCAACGAUCUCAUGCAGAACUUCGAUCCCAUCUCCAUCAUCGUCCUCAUCCCAUUCCUGGAGAUGAUUGUCUAUCCCAUUCUCCGCCGCUUCCACAUUUCCUUCCGUCCCAUCUCCCGUAUCUCCCUUGGUUUCGUCGUCGCCUCCCUUGCCAUGAUGUAUGCUGCCAUCAUCCAACAUGUCAUCUAUGUAUCCCCGCCCUGCUACGGAAAGCCCCUCUGCUCUGCCUCUGAGGUGAAUGGCCAAGCACAAGGGAACCGUGUUCACAUCGCUGCCCAGACCCCUGCGUACGUUUUCAUUGGCGUCUCCGAAAUCUUUGCCUCAGUCUCUGGUCUGGAAUACGCCUACACGAAGGCUCCCCCGUCCAUGAAAUCCUUUGUCCAAUCAAUGUACCUGCUCACCAAUGCAUUCGGAUCUGCCAUAGCCGAGGCCCUGACCCCCGCCGCAUACGACCCGGCCAUCAUGUGGAUGUUUGUUGGCUUGGCCGUCGCGUCGUUCCUGGCGGGUAUUAUCUUCUGGGUUGUGUACCACAGUCUCAACGCCAAGGAGGAACAGUUGAACAUGAUCGAUGCAGAAGACUAUGAGCAUGCGAAUGAGGAAGUGGAAAUGGACGGGGAUAGCCAGGUGGAAAAGAAGUGAACAGGUGAUUGGUUGUUUACGAUUAUGUUUUCUUCUUAUCCUCUUCUCUUUUACUUGUUUGCAGCUUGGCGUUGGUGGGAUGGAUGUGCAUUCGCAUUCAUAUUCAUUCAGUCGUAAUUUGCAUUAAGAUAGCAUCUACUGUAAUAAUGUUUAGGUCCUAGAUAAUGCAGUCUAGAACUCAACAUUCCGUGGAACGUGUUGCUCUCUCGUAAGUCGUAGCGAAUUGGAAUAUG